AUGGUCAAGGACAAGAAGAAAGAGAGCAGUGGCUCAACAAGAUUGAGUUCAUUGAUCAGUUCAUGCUUCUUUGUUUCAUCAUCAGCUGGUAAAGAUGAAAAUGUAAGGAGGGGAAAAUUUGUUACAAUAAGUUCUGGGACAGAGGCAACCAUGGUUGCUGCAGCAAAGUUUUUCUCUUCAGCACACAAAGUUAGGUUCGAUUAA